CCUGCAUCGGGCUGACACACAGCAGAGAGCCGCACAGGUAGCUAGCAGCAGUGCCGUAGGCUCCCGCUAGUCUACCUAGCAACACUUCCCAUUACCCAGCUUUACUGUGCGUGGAGCCUCGGUGAAUUCAGCCCACAUCCUCAUAUCCUGCUCAGGUCACCUUUAGCGCGCGCCUACCGGCAUUUUCUCCCGUCUCCGAAGAUGAUACCUGGCAAACGAAGAGCUGCAGUCAUGUCCUUCUCGCUGGCGAUUAUCGGAGCCCUGCUGCUGCAGACCGUGUCUUCUCAGAAUGAGCCGUCGAUCGCCUCCUCUGAUCACACCUCACUUCCUGUGGAAGGCGACUCUUACAUGCUGCAGUGUAACCUCACCAGCGCUCACAGCGUCCACCAGGAGAGCUACUGGAUGAAGAACGGGGAGGAGAUCGCAGAAACACGCAGCCCCAAUAGGAACACUGAAUAUUUCCUGAAGAAGCCGAGAGGAGACGCCGCAGGAGUGUACAUGUGUGUCUACACCUUCGAGACGGCUCCUCCAGCAAACGCCACCAUAGAAGUCAAAUCUGCUCCUGACAUUAUAGGCCACAAGCGUAGUGAGAAUAAGAACGAGGGCCAGGUCGCUGUGCUCUACUGUAAGUCUACCGGAUAUCCUUAUCCUAUCUGGAACUGGCGCAAAUUCGACAAUGGCUUUCCCAGGGAAAUUGACAACUCAAGCGGGCGCUUCACCAUCAGCAGCAGAGACAACUACACCGAGCUCCACAUCGCCAGCCUGGACAUUGACUUGGACCCGGGCGAGUAUCACUGCAACGCCACCAACAUGCUGGGCACCCGCGAUGAGAAGAUCGUGCUGAGGGUCCGCAGCAACCUGGCCCCCUUAUGGCCUCUCCUUGGGGUUUUGGCCGAGAUCAUCAUCCUGAUCGUCAUCAUCGUCGUUUAUGAGAAGCGCAAGAAGCCCGAUGAUUUACAAGACGAUGAUGACCAUGCAGGUCCAGUGUGAGUAUAAACAUUUGACCUUCAAUAC